CUGUCUUUUCUCUCCCGUAUCUUCAGUCUCGAGAAAAGCCACGUUUUGAUUGUACAAUUUAUUUUCUAAUAAGCAAACGAAAUGGCUUUUGGUGAUGUGAAAACUGAAAAGGGCCAACAGGCCUUAAACACCUUUUUAGCUGAUCACAGUUACGUCGAAGGAUACGCGCCAUCAAAAGCCGAUGUUGAUUUAUUCAAUACUUUGCCAAAAGCACCAGGUGCUAACUUAGUACAUUUAGCCCGUUGGUACAGGCAUAUUGCUUCGUACACAAAAUCUGGUGGAGACUCAGCCGGUUUCCCAAGCCUUACUUGCCCACUGGCAGCUGGUGCAAAGACUACCACACAGAAGGAUGAUGACGAUGAUGAUGUUGAUCUCUUUGGAAGCGACAAUGAAGAAGAUGAUGCUGAAGCAGCUCGCCUUCGUGAAGAAAGAGUCAAGGCCUAUGCUGACAAAAAAUCAAAGAAACCUGCUUUAAUUGCCAAAUCCUCAAUCGUCUUAGAUGUCAAACCAUGGGAUGAUGAAACUGAUAUGAAAGAAAUGGAAAAGGUUGUUCGUUCCAUUGAAAUGGAUGGCUUAGUUUGGGGAGCCUCAAAGUUAGUCCCAGUUGGUUAUGGAAUAAACAAAUUGCAGAUUAUUUGUGUUGUAGAAGAUGACAAAGUAUCAAUUGAUUUGUUGACUGAAGAAAUACAGAAUUUUGAAGAUUUUGUGCAGAGUGUUGACAUUGCUGCCUUCAAUAAAAUUUGAUUUGUUAAUUAAAUUUUAAUAAAUGCG